AUGAAGGCUGCUAUUACAUUGGUAUUUCCAAACACGCACCAUAGAUAUUGUUUAUGGCAUAUAAUGCGAAAACUGCUUGAGAAAUUGGGAUCUCACGCUGCCUUCAACGCAGGAUUGAAGACUGCCAUCCAGAGUGCCCUAUAUGAUUCACAGACAUAUGAUGAGUUUGAGGAGAAGUGGGGGCAACUUAUUCAGAAAUAUGAGGUAGGUGAAAAUGCAUGGCUGCAAGGGUUGUAUAACGAAAGGUCGUUCUGGGUACCGGUGUACCUUAAAGGUGUUUUUUGGGCUGGCAUGAGUACAACACAGCGUUUUGAAAGUAUGAAUGCUUUCUUUGAUGGAUUUGUGCAUUCUAGUACGACGUUGAAAGAAUUCGUCAAUCAAUUUGACAAUGCGCUUAGAAAGAAGGUGGAGGUCAAGACGACAUCUGAUUUCAAUUUCUCCAACCAAACCAUCCCAUGUUCAUCUGCGUUCCGAAUUGAAAAGCAAUUUCAAGCGGUAUAUAUGAAUGCGAAAUUUAAAGAGGUUCAAAGAGAGGUCUGGGGAAUGAUUUUAUGUAAUUGCAUACUUAUCAGUAAGGAGGGUUGCAUUUCCACCUACGAUGUUUUAGAUGAAAUAACUACAGAUGAUAACUAUGUCAAGAGCAUAAAGUACACAGUUUACUUUAACGAUGAGCAGAUUGAUCUGAAAUGCACAUAUGCAUUGUUUGAGAUGAGAGGGAUUGUCUGUAGGAAUGCAUUGAACAUUUGUUAG